AUGUAUGUUGUGAAGAAAAUCCAUAAUCCGGCAUGCAUACAGGAUUUUUCUGCCAAUAUCCAACGGAAUGCAACGUUUCAUGUCGAUUUACGGCGUUGUAUGGAUGCCAUUUCCUUGAAUAAUGGAUCACGUGUAUUCUCUGGACAUGUCGAAGUUGGUUUCCAUCCUUUAGUGGUAUCUAGUAAUGAUCGGCUCUUCUCCGUGAAAUGUAUCGACAACGCGUAUGCCAUAUCGCACAGGGCGUCGAAACACCAGGAAGGGUGUAUUGUGGACUCAGAGCUUAUCGGAGAAAUCGUCUACAAUAACUUCAUGCCCAAGAUCUUCGCUCGUGCGCGUGUCUUCAAAUUUAUGAAUGAUGAAAAACACCGUAUAGAAUGUCAAGUGCAGAUGUGCAGCAGUGAAGGCGUGUGCAAAGAUCGGAUUUUUCCUCCCAAGUGUGCAAUUACAAAGGAAGAAAUACUCAAUCGAUAUUCGAGUAACACCAAAAUUGACGUCAUCGAUAAUACUUUUAUGACAGGUACGAUCAAUAAUCGCUAUGAACAUCAAAUAAAAGUAACUAGUGAAUGGAUUACCGUGCACAAUAAUCAAUACACAAAUAUUGAGCUACUACAAGAAAGAUUCUACCUCUCUGCAGUAAUCGAUGAUAAAAUGGAGGAACCAAAGGUUCGAACAACACCUCGCCACUUCUUGAUGGGAAUAUCGUACAGGAGUCCAAAUAGCACCGAAUUUCGGCGAAACGAAUUGAAUGACAACGACUUCUCAUCGAUCGAUAAUGUUGGAUCACCAACUGCUUUUCAGCCUCAAAAUCCAACUAUCGGCUCUGGAGAAAUAGACAACAUUGAAUUAUCAACAACAACUAGUCCAUCUCCAAAUCCCACUGUUUCUGAGACAGAGGAUUUCGUGACGUUUCCUUCAACUGUUCUGGAAAGUGACUCGACGCAAACAACAGUGCUUGAGGAAAUGACGCAAACACAAACAUUGAUGACUACCUCCAUAAAACGAGUCGAGUCUCAAUCGACAGAUUCGUCGAUCCCUUCCUCUACAACCACUCAAACAUCCAUGGGGCUAACGACAAAGUCCACUUCACCACCAAGAAGCCAUCGCGAACCCGUGAUAUGCCUGCUACCAUGGCUUUCUACACCAACAAGUCCUCAAACCGCUUUUAAAAUUAAAGGAGACAAAUUCUCGAAUCCCCGAGAUUGGCGUCUCGACGACAGGACAAUCAACGACACUGACAUGCUACCUGAACGUCAAGUGGCAUGCUCCAAUGCCACCAUCAUAGCGAGAAGGAUGAUUCCUGAAGCAUUUCUCGGUACCCAUUUUGUAGAGGCAAAGGAGGAACACCUUGACGACUUUCUUUCUGUCCGAGGGGUUCCAUGGUUGGUCCGGAAAAUGAUAUCUGGAAAAAUGCGUAAGGGUCAGUUUCUAAUGAACCGGAAUCCUGAUGGCACCUACACAUACUACAAGUGCAAUGUUUAUGGAUACCACGUGGUCAGAGGGACCGACUAUCAAUUGGAAUACGAUAAGGAGAAACUAAAAGUGCAAAGAAGGACUAGAGCAUACAAGUCAUCAUCGUCAUCAGAAUUGCAGAUAACAAUAAGCGUCGAAGGUGACAAGGUGAAAGAGGCUCAUCUUAAUCUCGAACGUGAUAUCGGAGAGGAUGUCUUCUACUACUUUUUCCGAGAUGGCAUUUUGAUUUCGGAAUGCGAAGCAUCCAAUAAUGGCAAGAAAGCGACGUGGACAAGGGAGUUCGUGAAAAAGACGUAG